CCCCGCUGACGGGCCGCGGCUGCCUGUCAUCGCCGCCGGCGCGGGGCCUUCCGGGCGGUGGCCGAGCUAAGACGGGGGCCGGGCCGGGCGGAGCGCCUGGGCGAAGGCGGCCAUGGGUCCCGGAGAAGGCGCGGCCGCUGCUGCUGCUGCUGCGGCGGCGGGGCCUCCGGGCCGCGAGCAACUGCUGCUGCUGUCGGGCGCGGCGCUGGCCGAGCGCUACCGGCGCAUCUACACCGCGGCGGCGUUGAGCGAGCGCGAGCAGGCCGCGCACCUGGCCGGCAGAUGCAAAAAACUUCUGAGCAAGAAAAAGCUAAAACGGAAGCAGAAAAGUAAAUUGAAAAUGAGAGCACGGAAUAAGAGCGAAAGUCUUGAUAGUAUGGUAUCCAUACCAGAUAUCAAGCUUCACAGCAACCCUUCGGCUUUCAACGUGUACUGCAAUGUGCGGCAUUGUGUUUUGGAAUGGCAAAAAAAGGAAACCUCCAUGGCCUUGGCCUCCAAAAAUACGGUGCAGAGCGGGGAUUCAGAUAGCGACGAGGAGGAGGAAGCCAAAGAGCCUCCUGUGAAGCUUCCAAAGAUAAUAGAAGUUGGAUUGUGUGAAGUGUUCGAACUGAUUAAAGAGACAAGGUUUUCUCACCCGUCUCUCUGUCUGAGAAGUUUGCAGGCUCUUCUCAAUGUUCUUCAAGGCCAGCAGCCCGAAGGUCUCCAGUCAGAACCUCCUGAAGUUCUAGAGUCUCUGUUCCAGCUCCUGCUAGAAAUCACGGUUCGGAGCACUGGGAUGAAUGACAGCCCCGGCCAGUCGCUGACUGCCCUUUCCUGUGCUUGCCUCUUCAGUCUUGUGGCUGCCUGGGGAGAGACCGGACGGACGCUUCAGGCCAUCUCCGCUAUCCUGACCAACAACGGGAGUCAUGCUUGUCAGACCAUCCAGGUGCCAGCUAUCUUAAAUUCCCUUCAGAGGAGUGUGCAGGCGGUUUUGGUCGGCAAAAUACAGAUCCAGGAUUGGUUCAGCAGCGGAAUUAAGAAAGCCGCCCUGAUGCACAAAUGGUCCUUGAAGGACAUUUCAGUCGAUGAAGAUGACCCGACUCUGCUCCAGAGCGACGGCUACUUCUUGUAUCUAUUGUGCAAAGAUGGAUUGUACAAAAUUGGCUCUGGAUACAGUGGAACUGUCAGGGGCCAUAUAUACAAUUCCACAUCUCGUAUCAAAAACAGAAAAGAGAAGAAAUCAUGGUUGGGUUAUGCUCAGGGCUAUUUGUUAUAUCGGGAUAUAAACAAUCACAGCAGGACAGCUAUAAGGAUAAAUCCUGAAUCUUUGGAACAAGAUGGAAUAGUAACACUGCCAGACUGUCAGAUGGAAGGGCAAAACAUCCUUUUUACUGAUGGAGAAUACAUUAAUCAGAUUGCAGCUUCUAGAGAUGAUGGCUUCGUAGUUCGGAUAUUUGCAACCAGUACAGAACCCGCAUUACAGCAAGAACUCCAGCUAAAGCUUGCCAGGAAAUGCUUACAUGCGUGUGGGAUCUCGUUGUUUGAUCUGGAAAAAGAUUUGCACAUUAUCAGUACAGGGUUUGAUGAAGAGUCAGCUGUUCUUGGCGCUGGAAGAGAAUUUGCACUAAUGAGAACUGCUAGUGGAAAGAUUUAUUACACUGGCAAAUACCAGAGCCUUGGAAUCAAGCAAGGUGGACCUUCGGCAGGGAAAUGGGUGGAGCUGCCCAUCACCAAGUCUCCAAAGAUUGUUCAGUUCUCAGUGGGGCACGAUGGCUCCCAUGCUUUACUUGUGGCCGAAGAUGGCAGCGUAUUUUUCACAGGCUCGGCUAGUAAAGGGGAAGACGGAGAAUCAACCAAAAGCAGGCGGCAAUCUAAACCUUAUAAGCCAAAAAAAAUCAUCAAAAUGGAAGGAAAGAUUGUAGUGUACACCGCGUGCAAUAAUGGAAGUAGUUCAGUUGUUUCCAAAGAUGGAGAACUCUACAUGUUUGGGAAAGAUGCUAUUUACUCCGAUAAUACAAGUUUAAUAACUGACUUGAAAGGCCACUUCGCCACACAAGUCGCCAUGGGCAAAGCUCACACCUGUGUGCUAAUGAAGAACGGAGAGGUGUGGACCUUUGGGGUGAAUAACAAAGGCCAGUGUGGGCGAGACACUGGUGCCAUGAGCCAUGGAGGAAAAGGUUUUGGCGUUGAGAACAUGGCCACAGCCAUGGAUGAAGACUUGGAAGAGGAGCUGGACGAGAAAGAGGAGAAAUCCAUGAUGUGCCUGCCAGGGAUGCACAAAUGGAAAUUGGAGCAGUGUAUGGUGUGCACCGUGUGUGGGGACUGCACGGGUUACGGAGCCAGUUGUGUCAGCAGCGGCCGACCUGACCGGGUGCCAGGAGGGAUCUGUGGCUGUGGCUCGGGGGAGUCCGGUUGUGCUGUGUGUGGCUGUUGCAAAGCCUGCGCCAGAGAGCUGGACGGGCAGGAAGCCCGGCAACGGGGAAUCCUCGACGCGGUCAAAGAGAUGAUCCCGCUGGACCUCUUGCUGGCUGUCCCUGUGCCCGGCGUUAACCUUGAAGAACAUCUCCAGCUGAGACAGGAAGAGAAAAGGCAGCGUGUGAACCGGAGGCACAGACUGGAGGAAGGGAGAGAUGGAAGCGGAGAUAGGAGUGAGAAAGAUGCCAGCAAAAUCACCACCUACCCUCCAGGGACUGUCCACUUCGACUGCGAUCUUCGAGCCAUACAAGUUAGCUGUGGAUUUCAUCACUCAGUUGUUCUAAUGGAGAACGGAGAUGUUUACACAUUUGGAUAUGGGCAGCAUGGGCAGCUUGGGCAUGGAGAUGUGAAUUCUAGGGGGUGUCCCACUCUAGUGCAAGCAUUACCAGGACCCAGCACACAGGUCAGCGCAGGCAGCAACCACACAGCUGUUUUGUUGAUGGACGGACAAGUCUUUACCUUUGGAAGUUUCUCUAAAGGGCAGCUUGGCAGACCCAUCCUGGACAUUCCUUACUGGAACGCAAAGCCAGCAGCUGUGCCUAACGUGGGCUCCAAGUAUGGACGCAAGGCAACCUGGGUUGGAGCCAGCGGGGAUCAGACUUUCCUUCGGAUCGAUGAAGCUCUUAUCAACUCUCACGUGCUUGCAACAUCGGAGAUUUUUGCCAGCCGGCAUAUCAUAGGCUUGAUUCCAGCUUCCCUAUCGGAGCCCCCUCCAUUCAAGUGUCUUUUGAUAAACAAAGUUGACGGAAGUUGUAAGACGUUUAACGAUUCAGAACAGGAGGACCUUCAGGGGUUUGGCGUGUGCCUAGAUCCUGUUUAUGAUGUCAUUUGGCGGUUUCGACCAAAUACAAGAGAAUUGUGGAGUUACAACUCAGUUGUGGCCGAUUCCAGACUUCCCUCCGCUCCAGACACACAGUCCCGUUGCAGCAUUCUCAGUCCAGAACUGGCUCUUCCAACAGGAUCCAAAGCUCUUACCACAAGAUCGCAUGCAGCUUUGCACAUGCUCGGUUGCCUUGACACUUUGGCAGCCAUGCAGGACUUAAAAAUGGGCGUGAUGAACACAGAAGAGGAGAGUCACGCGGUGAUGAAGGUCUACUCCAAGGAAGACUACAGUAUCGUCAACAGAUUUGAAAGUCAUGGAGGAGGGUGGGGUUACUCAGCCCACUCUGUGGAAGCCAUUCGCUUUUGCGCCGAUACUGACCUCCUGCUUGGUGGCCUGGGCCUUUUUGGUGGCAGGGGAGAGUACACUGCUAAGAUAAAGCUCUUUGAGUUGGGGCCAGACGGAGGCGACCAUGAGACGGAUGGGGACCUCCUUGCUGAAACCGAUGUCUUGGCGUACGAUUGUGCGGCAAGGGAAAAGUACGCCAUGAUGUUUGACGAACCUGUCCUCCUGCAAGCCACCUGGUGGUAUGUUGCCUGGGCACGGGUUUCUGGCCCCAGCAGCGACUGCGGCUCCCAUGGACAAGCCUCCAUUACUACGGAUGAUGGGAUUGUCUUCCAGUUUAAAAGUUCAAAGAAAUCAAAUAAUGGCACAGACGUGAAUGCAGGACAGAUCCCUCAGCUCUUAUACAGGCUGCCAACAAGUGAUGGAAGCGCAUCCAAAGGCAAACAGCAAACUAGUGAGCCAGUGCACAUUUUAAAACGAUCGUUUGCAAGAACCGUUUCUGUGGAGUGCUUUGAGUCGCUGCUGAGCAUUCUUCAUUGGAGCUGGACGACCUUAGUUUUAGGAGUGGAAGAACUCCGAGGUCUGAAGGGCUUCCAGUACACGGCCACCCUUCUGGAUUUGGAAAGGCUGCGAUUUGUCGGCACUUGCUGCUUGAGGUUACUGCGUGUCUACACCUGUGAAAUCUACCCCGUUUCAGCCACCACUAAAGCUGUUGUUGAAGAAAGCAGCAGGCUCGCAGACUGCAUUGGGAAGACGAGAACCCUGCUGAGAAAAAUCUUGUCGGAAGGAGUUGACCAUUGCAUGAUCAAGCUAGACAAUGACCCUCAAGGCUACCUCACUCAGCCCCUGAGCCUGCUGGAAGCUGCCCUCCAGGAAUGCCACAAUACCUUCACGGCCUGCUUUCACUCUUUCUAUCCCACUCCGGCCUUGCAGUGGGCUUGCCUCUGUGAUUUACUCAACUGCUUGGAUCAGGAUAUCCAGGAAGCCAACUUCAAGACUUCAAGCAGCAGGCUGCUGGCAGCUGUGAUGUCAGCCCUGUGCCACACCUCUGUGAAGCUCACCUCUAUCUUCCCUAUCGCUUACGAUGGAGAAGCCUUGCUGUGUUCAGGAAUAAAACAAGCCAGUACUGAGAAUGACUCCGCACUGGCCCAUCGUUUUCCUCUUCUGGUGGCACACAUGGAAAAACUAAGUCAGAGUGAAGAGAACAUCUCUGGAAUGACAAGUUUUCGCGAGGUCCUUGAGAAGAUGUUGGUGAUUGUAGUUUUACCUGUGAGAAACAGCUUGAGGCGUGAAAAUGAGCUAUUCUCUGCACAUCUGGUUUCUAAUACCUGUGGAUUGCUUGCGAGUAUUGUGAGCGAGCUCACAGCUUCUGCACUGGGGUCUGAGGCCGAUGGACUCGGCUCCCUGCAUUCUGUCAAGUCCACCCCAAAUCGAUUUACAAAAACCAGUCAGGGCAGGAGCUGGAACACUGGAAACGGCUCCCCGGACGCCAUCUGUUUCUCUGUGGACAAGCCGGGAGUCAUCAUGGUCGGGUUCUCAGUUUACGGAGGAGGAGGGAUCCAUGAAUAUGAACUAGAAGUCCUGGUGGACGAUAGUGAUCAUACAGGAGAUUCAACUCAUUCCCAUAGAUGGACAUCUCUAGAAUUAGUUAAAGGAACAUAUACCACAGAUGAUUCUCCGAGUGAGAUGGCGGAAAUUAAACUUGACAAAGUUGUUCCUCUGAAGGAGAACGUGAGGUACGCUGUCCGUCUGAGAAAUUACGGGAGUCGCACAGCAAACGGAGAUGGAGGCAUGACCACUGUCCAGUGUCCAGAUGGCGUGACGUUCACUUUCAGCACUUGCAGUUUGAGCAGCAAUGGCACCAAUCAGACCCGCGGCCAAAUUCCACAGAUCCUUUAUUAUAGAAGCGAGUAUGAUGGGGAUUUGCAAUCACAGCUCUUAAAUAAGGCCAAUGAAGAAGAUAAGAAUUGUAGCCGAGCACUUUCUGUUGUGAGCGCGGUAGUCCGAGCAGCGAAAGAUCUCUUGCACAGAGCUCUUGCUGUAGAUGCUGAGGACAUCCCUGAGCUGCUGAGUUCGUCCAGCCUCUUUUCUAUGCUCCUUCCUCUGAUGAUAGCUCACAUAGAACCCGUCGCAGCAGCUAUUCCCAAGGUAGCCGUGGAGGUUUUUGGCCUGGUUCAGCAGCUGCUUCCAUCCGUCGCGGUGCUGAACCAGAAGUACACCCCUCUGGCCUUCAAUCCCAACCAGUCCACUGACAGCACCACAGGCAACCAGCCCGAGCAAGGCCUUUCCGCAUGUACCACCUCUAACCACUAUGCUGUCAUUGAGAGCGAACAUCCGUACAAACCAGCGUGCGUCACCCACUACAAGGUGACUUUUCCUGAAUGUGUCAGGUGGAUCUCGAUAGAGUUUGAUGGCCAGUGUGGAACAGCUCAGUCGGAGGAUGUUCUUCGUUUGCUCAUUCCUGCCCGAGUCAUCCAGUUUUCAGGAUUUGGACCCAAGCAGGCAUCUGUCCAUGAGAACCUUAACUCAUGGAUAGAACUGAAGAAGUUUUCUGGCUCGUCAGGUUGGCCCACAAUGGUGUUAGUGCUACCAGGCAAUGAAGCCCUCUUCUCACUGGAAACCGCAUCAGAUUACGUAAAGGAUGAAAAGUCUUCUUUUUAUGGCUUCAAGUGUUUUGCCAUAGGAUAUGAAUUUAGUCCUGGACCUGAGGAAGGUAUCAUUCAGCUUGAGAAAGAGCUGGCCAAUCUCGGAGGAGCCUGUGCUGCAGCUCUAAUGAAAAAGGAUCUGGCCCUUCCUAUUGGCAAUGAAUUGGAGGAAGAUCUUGAGAUGCUGGAAGAGGCGGCCCUGCAGGUUUGCAAAUCUCACUCAGGCAUCCUGGGUAAAGGGCUAGCUUUGUCUCACUCCCCGACUAUCUUGGAAGCGCUUGAAGGAACUCUGCCCUUGCAAGUUCAGAGCAAUGAGCAAUCCUUCCUGGAGGACUUUAUCUCCUGUGUGCCAGGCUCCAGCGGUGGGAGACUCGCCAGGUGGCUGCAACCAGACUCCUAUGCGGAUCCCCAGAAAACAUCCUUGAUCCUCAACAAAGACGACAUCCGCUGUGGCUGGCCAACAAUUGUCACCGUGCAAACCAAGGACCAAUACGGUGAAGUGGUCCACGUGCCUAACAUGAAGGUGGAAGUCAAAGCGAUCCCAGUUUCCCAGAAGAAAACUUCUCUGCAGCAGGAGCAGGCUAAGAAAACCCAGCGGGCCCCUGGCAGUCCUGCGGGGGCCACUGCUUCUGGACCGGAACUGACCUUCGGGGGACUCCCUUCCCCCAAGCUGGAAGCAUCCUAUGAGCCUAUGAUUGUCAAAGAAGCACGCUACAUUUCCAUAACAAUGAUGAAGGUAUAUGAAAAUUAUUCUUUUGAGGAGUUACGUUUUGCUUCACCAACACCGAAGAGACCAAGUGAGAACAUGCUAAUAAGAGUGAACAACGAUGGUACUUACUGUGCUAACUGGACGCCAGGAGCAGUUGGUCUGUACACCAUACAUGUUACCAUUGAUGGCAUUGAAAUAGAUGCUGGUUUAGAAGUUAAAGUCAAAGAUCCUCCAAAGGGGAUGAUCCCACCAGGAACCCAGUUGAUAAAACCAAAAGCUGAACCUUUGCCAAACAAGGUUCGCAAAUUUGUGGCCAAGGACAGUGCUGGCUUGCGCAUCCGUAGCCACCCAUCUCUUCAGAGUGAGCAGAUUGGCUUAGUUAAAGUCAAUGGAUCCAUUACUUUUAUUGAUGAGAUCCACAAUGAUGAUGGAGUGUGGUUACGACUGAAUGAGGAGACGAUACGGAAAUACGUUCCAAAUCUGAAUGGUUAUAGCGAAGCCUGGUGCCUCUCUUUUAAUCAGCAUCUCGGCAAGAGUCUGUUGGUUCCUGUUGAUGAGUCUAGAUCUAAUGCAGAGGACUUUUUCAAAGACCCCAACUCACCCUGUCCUCAGGAAGCAGUCAUGCAGGAGCCCGAUGCGCCAUUCCUUCGUGGUGGGCCUGGACUGUAUAAGGUAGUGAAGACUGGCCCGUCAGGUCACAACGUCCGAAGCUGUCCCAACCUUAGAGGUAUCCCCAUUGGAAUGUUAGUUCUGGGAAACAGAGUCAAGGCAGUGGGCGAGGUGACCAAUUCGGAAGGGACCUGGGUACGGAUGGACAAGAACAGCAUGGUCGAAUUCUGCGAAAGCGACGAAGGGGAGGCCUGGUCUUUGGCUAGAGACAGAGGCGGGAACCAGUAUCUGCGUCAUGAAGAUGAGCAAGUUCUUGUUGAUCAAAAUGGCCAGACUCCUCCACCAAGCCCUUUCUCCUUGCAGACUUUCCACAGAGGGACAGCCUGUAGUAAUGAGCAAGGAUUUGACUAUGGACUUGGAAACCACAAAGGUGAUAGGCUGAAUUUUACUGCUGCUGCUAGAUCAGUUUCUCCGGCAGGGAAGGCGGACGUGGCCUUAAAAUACCGGGGGGAAAGCAGGACCCCUAAAUCGGAUGGGCGUUGGAGCCACACCGUGGCCGACCAGAAGAAGGCUAGGAACACAGAGAUCCUGUCGGCCAGCGAGUCUCUGAUGCUGAAAUCGGAUACUGCCAAGCUGAGGUCCGAUUCCCACAGCAGAUCGUUGUCCCCAAAUCACAACACGCUUCAGACCUUAAGAUCUGAGGGGAGAACGGCGCCUUCCCUUCGGGCAGAGUCCCCAGGCCCAGGAACUCGGGCCCCUUCUCCAAAGACAGCCUCAUCGGGGAAAUCCUGCACAUCUGGCGCUGGUUCUCGGCGGUCAUCCUCUCCUCACGAGAAGCCUCUUCCUCAGAAACCUUCAACCCCGGUGAAGACGAAGCUCGACCCUCCUCGGGAGAGAUCUAAAUCUGAUUCUUACACCCUAGACCCAGAUACCCUUCGUAAAAAGAAGGUGCCUCUCACCGAACCCAUACGGGGAAGAUCCACUUCGCCUAAGCCCAAAAUUGCACCCAAGGAAGGGAGGUCUGGGGCCGACACAGAAAACAGAGCCCCUUCUCCUCAUGUGGUGCAAGAAAACCUUCACAGCGAAGUUGUUGAGGUCUGCACGUCCAGCACGUUGAAAACGAGCAGCGUGACCAACACCAUAUGCGAGGACAACAACUCUGAUUCUAGCAGCCUGGAGGAGGGCUUGAACAAAGUUCAUUUCAGCAUAGGGAAGGCCCCUCUGAGAGAGGAGCAGGACACGAGGGCAUCUCCCAAAGCGGGCCGGAAGUGCGCCAACAGGCAUGCCAGGCCCAAGAAGGAGAGGUCAGUCUGCCUGUUUAAAGGGGAAGGAGCCCGGUCGGUAGAGCCAGCCAAACCAGCCAUGUCUCCUUCGGUCGCCGAAUGUGCCAGGACCGUCUUUGCAUCCUUCCUGUGGCACGAAGGCAUCGUCCACGACGCGAUGGCCUGCUCCUCGUUUCUGAAGUUCAACCCUGAGCUUUCCAAAGAGCACGCACCCAUCCGGAGCAAUCUCAGCCAGGUGCCGGCCGAAGAGAAAGAAACCAAGCUGAAGAACCGUCACUCGCUGGAAAUAUCCUCCGCCCUCAACAUGUUCAACAUAUCUCCUCACGGGCCUGACAUCUCCAAAAUGGGGAGCAUCAACAAGAACAAGGUCUUGUCAAUGCUGAAGGAGCCGCCUCUUCAUGAACGCUGCGAGGACGGGAAGUCGGAAGCGGCCCCCUUCGAUAGCUCUGGCCACCCGCCACUGAAGACCAAGUCGCCUCUGCCGUUAACACUGCAGCACCUGGUCGCUUUUUGGGAAGACAUUUCUCUGGCAACCAUCAAGGCGGCUUCCCAGAACAUGAUCUUCCCGAGCCCUGGAUCCUGUGCGGUGUUGAAGAAGAAAGAAAGCGAGAAAGAGAAUAAGAAGUCCAAAAAGGAGAAGAAGAAGAAGGAGAAGGCGGAGGCCAGACCUAGGGGAAAUCUCUUUGGGGAAAUGGCUCAGCUUGCUGGGGAGCGUCCGGAGAAAGACACCAUAUGUGAAUUGUGUGGGGAGUCCCACCCGUAUCCGGUGACUUAUCACAUGAGACAAGCACAUCCAGGUUGUGGCCGUUACGCGGAUGGACAGGGCUACAACAGCAUCGGACACUUUUGCGGAGGAUGGGCUGGGAACUGUGGCGACGGGGGCGUAGGAGGAAGCACGUGGUACCUUGUCUGUGAUCGGUGCCGGGAAAAAUACCUCCGUGAAAAGCAGGCGGCAGCGAGAGAAAAGGUCAAACAGUCGAGGAGGAAGCCGACCCAGGUGAAGACCCCCCGUGCCUUGCCCACCAUGGAAGCCCACCAAGUGAUCAAAGGGAACGCCCUGUUCUUGCUGGCCUUGAGCAGCGCCGCUGAACCCUCGAUUUUGUGCUACCACCCAUCCAAGCCGUUCCAGUCCCAGCUUCCCAGCGUCAAAGAAGGCAUUUCUGAGGAUUUUCCCGUGAAAAUGCCUUGCCUCUAUCUUCAGACAUUAGCCAGGCAUCAUCACGAAAACUUUGUGGGCUAUCAAGACGACAACCUGUUUCAAGAUGAGAUGAGGUAUUUGCGUUCAACUUCAGUGCCUGCACCUUACAUAUCUGUUACUCCGGAUGCCAGUCCUAAUGUAUUUGAGGAGCCAGAAAGCAACAUGAAAUCCAUGCCACCAAGUUUAGAGACCAGUCCUAUUACAGAUACAGACCUUGCAAAGCGUACCGUUUUCCAAAGAUCCUAUUCCGUCGUUGCAUCAGAAUACGACAAGCCUCACUCCAUUCUGCCUGCCCGGGUCAAGGCCAUCCCCAGAAGGAGAGUUAACAGCGGAGAUGCAGAAGUGGGCUCCUCUCUUCUGAGACAUCCAUCUCCUGAACUCUCUCGGUUAAUCUCCGCCCACAGCUCUCUUUCCAGAGGAGAGAGAAACUUCCAGUGGCCCGUUCUGGCAUUUGUAAUUCAGCACCAUGAUUUGGAAGGACUCGAAAUAGCCAUGAAACAAGCUUUAAGAAAAUCAGCUUGCCGGGUGUUUGCUAUGGAGGCUUUUAACUGGCUUCUCUGCAACGUCAUACAAACCACGUCCCUCCAUGACAUUCUUUGGCAUUUUGUGGCCUCUCUUACUCCAGCCCCGGUAGAGGUUGAGGAAGAAGAAGAUGAAGAAAACAAAGCCAACAAAGAAACCAUUGAACAAGAAAAGGACACGCGGGUUUGCGAGCAUCCGUUGUCGGAUAUUGUGAUCGCUGGAGAAGCUGCACAUCCGCUCCCUCACACUUUUCACCGCCUGCUCCAGACCAUCUCUGACCUGAUGAUGUUGCUGCCGAGUGGAAGUUCAUUACAGCAGAUGGCUCUGAGAUGCUGGAGCCUCAAAUUCAAGCAAUCCGACCAUCAGUUUUUGCAUCAGAGCAACGUCUUUCAUCACAUCAACAACAUUCUCUCCAAAUCUGAUGAUGGAGACAGCGAGGAGAGCUUUAGCAUUAGCAUCCAGUCUGGCUUCGAAGCUUUGAAUCAGGAAUCAUGUAUAGUAGUCUGCCUGAAGGACUUAACUAACAUCGUUGAUAUAAAAACUUCAAGCCGGCCAGCCAUGAUUGGUAGUUUGACAGAUGGGUCAACGGAAACCUUCUGGGAGUCAGGCGAUGAAGACAAGAAUAAAACUAAAAACAUUACAAUUAAUUGCAUGAAAGGAAUUAAUGCUCGCUAUGUGUCUGUUCAUGUUGACAAUUCAAGGGACCUCGGGAACAAAGUGACUUCAAUGACUUUUUUGACCGGAAAAGCAGUAGAAGAUCUUUGCAGAAUAAAACAGGUUGACUUGGACUCGAGACAUAUUGGCUGGGUUACUAGUGAACUUCCUGGUGGAGACAAUCACAUCCUCAAAAUUGAGUUAAAGGGGCCAGAAAAUACCCUCCGAGUUCGGCAGGUGAAAGUGCUUGGUUGGAAAGAUGGCGAAAGCAUCAAAAUAGCCGGCCAGAUCUCGGCAAGUGUUGCUCAACAAAGAAGCUGUGAGGCUGAGACGCUGCGAGUUUUCAGGCUUAUCACAUCACAGGUCUUCGGCAAACUCAUAUCUGGAGAUGCUGAACCGACCCCAGAACAGGAAGAAAAGGCUUUGCUCUCUUCACCCGAAGGAGAAGAAAAAGUACACAAUGCAACUUCAGAUGCAGACCUGAAAGAGCACAUGGUUGGAAUCAUAUUUAGCAGGAGUAAACUCACGAAUUUGCAAAAGCAGGUCUGUGCUCAUAUUGUGCAAGCCAUCCGCAUGGAAGCCACGCGGGUCCGAGAGGAAUGGGAGCACGCCAUUUCUAGCAAGGAGAACGCCAAUUCGCAGCCCAACGAUGAGGACGCCUCUUCGGACGCCUACUGCUUUGAGCUGCUGUCCAUGGUGCUGGCCCUGAGCGGCUCCAACGUCGGGCGCCAGUACUUGGCUCAGCAGCUGACCUUGCUGCAGGAUCUCUUCUCCCUGCUGCACACGGCUUCUCCCAGAGUACAGAGGCAGGUCACCUCCUUACUGAGACGGGUCCUGCCCGAAGUCACUCCCAGCCGCUUGGCCAGCGUCAUAGGGGUCAAAGCCCUGCCUCCCGCUGAUAUCAGUGAUAUCAUUCACUCCACGGAGAAGGGAGACUGGAACAAGCUGGGCAUUCUGGACAUGUUCCUGGGCUGCAUUGCCAAAGCACUCACCGUUCAGCUCAAGGCCAAAGGCACCACCAUCACGGGCACGGCUGGCACGGCAGCCGGCAAAGGCGUAACUACCGUCACUUUGCCAAUGAUUUUCAAUUCCAGUUACCUCAGGCGAGGUGAAAGCCAUUGGUGGAUGAAGGGCUCAACUCCAACGCAGAUUUCAGAAAUCAUUAUUAAGCUUAUAAAAGACAUGGCAGCUGGUCACUUGUCUGAAGCUUGGUCCCGUGUGACGAAAAAUGCCAUUGCUGAAACAAUCAUUGCUUUGACCAAAAUGGAAGAAGAAUUCAGAUCCCCUGUGCGCUGCAUAGCCACAACUCGGCUGUGGCUGGCCUUGGCCUCUCUCUGUGUCCUUGACCAAGAUCAUGUUGACCGCCUCUCUUCUGGAAGAUGGAUGGGCAAAGAUGGACAGCAGAAACAGAUGCCGAUGUGCGAUAACCAUGAUGAUGGAGAAACUGCGGCCAUUAUCUUAUGCAACGUCUGUGGGAAUCUCUGCACAGACUGUGAUCGAUUCCUCCAUCUCCAUCGACGAACAAAGUCACAUCAGCGACAGGUGUUCAAAGAAGAAGAAGAAGCUAUCAAGGUGGAUCUUCAUGAAGGCUGUGGUAGGACUAAACUCUUCUGGUUGAUGGCACUGGCCGAUUCUAAAACCAUGAAGGCUAUGGUGGAAUUCAGAGAACAUACAGGCAAACCCACCACAAGCAGCUGCGAAGUAUGUCGUUUCUGUGGCUGCCGAAACGGAACAGAAUUAUCGGCUGUCGGCAGUGUCUGUUCAGACACUGAUUGCCAGGAAUAUGCUAAACUCGCCUGCAGCAAAACCCACCCUUGUGGCCAUCCUUGCGGAGGAGUCAGGAAUGAGGACCUGUGCUUGCCCUGCCUGCAUGGCUGCGACAAGAGCACCCCCACCGUCCUGAAGCAAGACGCCGACGACAUGUGCAUGAUUUGCUUCACGGAAGCACUUUCAGCAGCUCCCGCAAUUCAGCUGGACUGUAGCCAUAUAUUCCACCUGCAAUGCUGCUGCCGGGUUCUAGAAAACAGAUGGCUUGGCCCCCGCAUUACUUUUGGGUUCAUGUCCUGCCCCAUCUGCAAGAACAAAAUAAACCAUGCGGUAUUAAAGGAUCUACUUGAUCCAAUCAAGGAACUUUAUGAGGAUGUGAAGAGGAAAGCCCUAAUGAGGCUGGAAUAUGAAGGGCUGCACAAGAGUGAAGCCAUCACAACACCCGGAGUUCGGUUUUAUAAUGACCCUGCUGGUUUUGCCAUGAACAGAUAUGCAUAUUAUGUUUGCUACAAAUGCAAGAAGGCUUACUUUGGUGGAGAAGCCCGUUGUGAUGCUGAAGCUGGACAAGGAGAUGAUUAUGACCCCCGGGAACUCAUCUGCGGUGCCUGUUCCGAUGUAUCAAGAGCUCAGAUGUGUCCCAAACAUGGUACAGAUUUUCUAGAGUACAAAUGCCGCUACUGUUGUUCGGUGGCUGUUUUCUUUUGCUUCGGGACCACCCAUUUUUGCAACGCUUGUCAUGAUGAUUUCCAGAGAAUGACAAGUAUUCCGAAAGAGGAACUUCCUCACUGCCCUGCAGGUCCCAAGAGCAAGCAGCUGGAAGGGGCCGAGUGUCCGCUCCACGUCGUCCACCCUCCCACGGGCGAGGAGUUCGCGCUGGGCUGCGGCGUCUGCAGAAACGCGCACACUUUCUAGCCGCCUCUCAGCCGAACGUCGGAAUCCAGGCCGGGGACCAUUUGGCCAGCACGGCGCCGGGGCCGGGCCCGCCUCAGGCGCUUUGCAUGCGGCCGCGCUGCGCAUCCGCCCCCCCUCGAGCCUCGCCGAGCAGGGACUCCGGAGGCCGCUGACUUCGCCUCUUCCUCCUCCUCCUCUUCAUCCUCCUGAAUGCCGGACAGUGGCUGGGCAGGGCGGGAGGCCGAUAAACAGCGGCGGGGCGUUUUCGAUGUAACCAGUCUCGAACGCGUUGUAUAGAUUUAUAUAUAUAUAUAAUACUUAUAUAUAAUACCUAUGUAUAUAGGUAUUAUAUAUAUAUAGCCGUGUCCGUGUCUGUUCCGCCUCAGAAGUCCUGGAUUGUAUAACGGCGGCUUCCUUCCUCCCAAUUUUUUUUUGUGGGGCGCCGUCUGGCCGAAGUGCACUUCCGAAAAGGCGCCUCCCCGCCCAGCAAGCGCCGCCGAAGGGAAUGUAGCC